ACGUGACGAUACCCGGAAAUAAGGCACGGUCAAGCUACACCAAGCAUAACCGUCAGCCACAACUUAUGAGACAUUAUCGAAGUGUAUUUAAUCGAUAUCGGAGGCGACAAUAUGAGCCAGGAAUGUACCAUAAAGUUACAAAUUGCAACACGAGAAAAACUCCGAAAAUUCAGCUCGCUGCGUGACCGGGAGGUGCAGCCCGGUGAGUUCUGGGACGUGGUGGUUGUGACCGCUGUGGAUGUGAGCCAGAGGGAAGCAUACGAGCUGCAGAUCAGUGAGAAAGUUGACAGGAAAGAGCUUCCCCUUGGAGUCCACUACAAGGUCUUCUCAGAUCCGCCUGGAUCUAAAAUAGGGAAUGGGGGCUCCACUCUGUACGCACUGCAGCAGCUGAGUGACAUCUAUGGGAAGACCCUGGGCAGGCUGAGAGUCAUCCUGAUCCAUGCAGGAGGGUUGAGUCAGCGUUUGCCCAGUGCCAGCGCCCUGGGAAAAAUCUUCACCGCCAUGCCACUGGGUGAUCCCCUCUACCAGAUGUUGGAGCUCAAACUGGCCAUGUAUGUGGAUUUCCCUUCCCAGAUGAAGCCUGGCGUACUGGUGACCUGUGCAGAUGACAUAGAGCUCUACAGUAUUGCAGAGGAUGAGAGUGUUAGGUUUGACAAACCUGGCUUUACAGCUUUAGCCCACCCCUCCCCGCUAUCUGUCGGGACUACUCAUGGAGUGUUUGUGUUGGAUUCACACGAAAAGACCGCUCACUCAGAAAUGGAGGACAUUUCCUGCCUACACUUUCUACACAAGCCGAGCAUCGGUAAGAUGCGAGACAGUGGAGCUGUUUGUAAAAGGCAGAGCGGUUGUUUUUCUCUUUCAGAUGCUGAGUUUGUCUACACAGACAGCACCUAUUACGUUGACUAUGCUACUGCAAAGUCUCUUCUUAAGCUGCUGAAAGAGUUGGGACAUUUGGACUGUGAGGUGGACGCAUACGGGGACUUUCUCCAAGCACUGGGCUCCAAAGCCACGAUAGAUUACACCAACAAUACUGCGAAUGUCACCAAAGAGGAGAGUGGUCUGGUGGAAAUCCGCCAAAAGAUCUUCCAUUUUCUAAAAGGGACACCCUUGAAUGUCAUUCUCCUGAACAACUCCAAGUUUUAUCACAUUGGAACCACAUCAGAGUACCUCUUUCACCUCACUGAGGAUGUGGCGCUGAGGAGCGAGCUGGGCCUCCUGUCACCUGCCUUCAGCAUACAUAUGAAUGAGAACUCUGAAGGCUCCUCGGGAUGCUGCGUUAUGUGCAGCAUCCUCGACCCCAGUUGCUGUGUGGGAGCUGGAUCAGUCGUGGAGUACUCUAGAGUGGGAGCGGGAGCCUCCGUAGGUAGGGGCUCAAUCAUCAGCAGCUGCCGGGUAGGUGCGGGCCUCUCGGUGCCCGAUGGAGUCUUCAUGCAUUCACUGUGUGUGAAUCACGAGCACCAAACCAGGUUUGUAACUGUCGCCUUUGGGAUUAAUGACAACUUGAAGCACAGUGUGGAAGCCGCUGCGUACAUGGAAGAGCUGAAGCUUUGUGGUUUCAGCCUGGCGGAGUGUCCGCCCCACUGGGGGCUGAAGAAUGAAGACCUUAAGUUCUCCGGUGACGCAUCAAGCUGUAGUUUGUGGAAGGCUUGUUUAUUCCCUGUUUGCUCUGAUCCACAAAGCUCCUUCUCGAUGUCUCUGGAGAUGCUGCAGGCCGUCCUGAGUGGCUCUACAUUCCCCUUACCUAAAGACACAAAGCUGAUGUCCAUGCAAGAGUCCUUAGAGUGUAAGAACCUGGAGGAGAUGUUGAAGUUCAGGAAGUUACUAUAUGAAGACAUCACACAAAGAAAAUCAAACAAAUGAAGUUACUUUUUUAAAUUGAGAUUUAUGUGAGAAGUUUUAUAUUGUCAGUACAACAUAACAGUGAUUGUGCUAUAAAUCCCUUGUGUAUUGUAUGAUCAUAUGAUGAUCAAAUAUUUGUCUUUGCUGUCAUGUCAUUCAUUGUGAGUAUGACCUUUCAUAAAGUUCAUUCUUAAAA